AUGCUCCUCCAGAUCCAUUCCCUUCUUAUCGUCCUCCCUCUCAUCUCCAUUCCUACCUACGCUUAUCCUUCCAGAAGGCAGAGUCAAGUACAAGAACAAGAUCAAGAACCUGAGAAAUCAACGGGCCUAUACAUAUCUUCCAUCCGAGAUGGAAAGUGUAUAACAAUCAACGAUACUGUCCCGGUAAUAGGCAGCGAGCUCGUAAUGAUGGAUUGCGAAGGUGCGGAGACGUGGCAUGUACCCAAUGGGGAGGGGUUAUUGGGACUGGAUACAGUCGGAUUGGUCUGGGAUUCUCAGGGUGGCGAGGGUGAUGGGGUGAUUGUGAAUGCCUCUGGCACUCAGACGACAAGCCAGCUUUGGAAAUGGUCAUCCGAUAACCGUGUAUCUUCAUCAAACGGUUCUAUAUGUCUUCAACACACUCCAGGAAAACCAAAGAUAGCUAGUUGUGAUUCUGAAAACGUCGAUCAAGUUUGGAUACUUCGAAAUACCUCUCAACCUCAAUACUUCGAUGAUAUUGCUAAACAACCUGAUUCGAAUCGUGACGGUUAUAUUCAUCCCAAAGGUAGAAACGAUAUCUGUCUUUCUGCCAUUUCCAACGCUGAAGCUUACGUAGGAAGCGGGAUAGCCAUGACUUACUGCUCAGGUAAAGGGGACGGUACUUCCUAUCUCCCCGUAUCAACUUCCGAGUCCCUGUUCACUUGGUCCCUUCCAACCGUGAAUCAAAAAGGUCACGUCAAGCUUUCAGCCCAAGAUUUAUGUCUUCAAACUGGUUUGAAAGCGGGAAACAACAACACCGAGUGGACAUAUAUAUACGGUAUGGGUAUCAAUUUGCAGGAAUGUGAUGAUAAAAAGGAAGGGCAGGAUUGGAUUUGGGAUGGAGAGAGUCUCAAAGUCGCUCAUGGAGAUUCUAAUCAAUGCCUUAAUAUCCUUGGUGGAGCAGGUCCAGUAUCAAUGACCAAUUUCUUGAAUUUACGUCCAAUGCAGCUAUGGACUUGUGAUUCAGAUGAUGAGAAUUCGGUGAGUCGAUCUGGCCCGAUCAUACCGCUCUAG